AUGAGCCAUUUGCGUAACUUCGGCAUGGGAUUCAAUGCGAUGCUGGAGACUGAUCGCUCCGCUGCUUAUGCUGUGCAGGGUGGAUAUGAUGAUUUCUCCCGUGGCAACUUAUAUCAGACCGAACGGGAGAUCCGAGUCGAGCAUUCUCCCGCACAGCCCGGUGACGAGCCUCCCUCUCCGUCGGCGACGUCUGCGCCCAUUGCGAUUCCACGUGCGGGCACAUACACGCCCUCUUACCACGGCUCCCCACUCGACACCAACCCCAACCCCAACCCCAGUGCUGCCUGGACGCUAGGAGGUCGGCUGGCACCAGAGCUCGACUCGAUGUACGAAUCAGACUUUCUCGAACACGAUAAUUACCAUCCCGACUUUAACCGCUCUCCGCUGUCCACACAUUCUGUUCCCCAGUCCUCUCCCUACCUUGCCAACGCAGAGGACUUUCUCAGCGUCAAUCUCUUUGGAUCCAGCAGUCCUGCAUUCUUUGUCCAACCCCCGACCCGUAGCAACACUGUCCUCUCCCCGCCUCUCGACACAUUCGAGGCCCUACGUUACCAAUAUCGGAAGGGUUACUCUCCCGAAUCAUCUGUCGGCGACGAUUACUUGGUGGACGAGCCCAACGAUCUAUUGUUUGGCCAUAGGUCCCGCACUCACUCCCGCGCUUCCUCGAUCUCCUCGUCCCACACCCAGGGCCUGUCUGUCUCUCAGUUUACCGGCGCGUCCACAAGCCCGAACUUGCUCCCUGGCGACGCCCCCGAGCUCUCUCCCCAUCUGACCGACCUCGGAAACCUCCAGAUCGGUGAUACCUGGGGCGGAUUCCACGUAUCCACUGUGCCUACUUCCAAGGGAUCCGAGCCUGGGUCCAACAUGGCCUCGCCAUACAACAAGCCUCAGAGUCCCCCCACUCUCGUAAUCCCCACCGAUCCUCCGAUUCCUCCCAAUAUCGAUCCCAAUGCCUCCCUCUUCGAAGCCAGUCAGCCACCCGGUCUUGUCCCACCUCCAUCCCUGGGUCUCAUUCCUGCAACCCCAGUCACUCCUCCCACCAAUCAACCGAAGCUGGGUUUCCAGGAAAUCCUUCGUCAACAGGUGGCACAGAGGCGCGCGGCCGCUCCCCUCCUUUCUGGUUCCCAGACACCUGAAGGCUCCGGAUCCCAAGCAAACACACCACCAAGCGUUCCCGCAGACAACCAAGCUCCUUGGUCCGCCAUUAUCAACCAGAGCCAACCGCCAAUGCCACCCAUGCCACCCAUGGCCUCUCUCUCUGACUCGACCAUCUUCCCCCAGAUUUCCGGGGCUCGACCUGCUAUCGGCGCGAUCCCAUCCGGUGCUUCGAACCUUGGCGUCAACAUUACUCGAUCACGCAGCCACAGCGAUCCCCCUUCCAGCCAGUGGGGUGCUGCCCUUCCUCCUGCUAUUAAGCCCAGCCCCACCCAUGGCCAGGGCAGUCCUCAAUUGUCACUCGGUAUGCCAUCCGUCAAUCCAAGCAACAUCCUAGGCAACCGUGUACCUGAUCUCAACGUCGGAGUGGGUGGAUCCCUCUGGGACAACGCGAUCGAUCCGAUGCUCAAUCUCGCCAACCACCAUCGAGCUCGUUCUGUCGGAGAUGCCAACGGCAAUCGCCGAGGCCACAUGCGGAACGCACGAAGCGAGGACGUGUCGGCCAUACUGAGGACUCCGGAUAUGGGCUCACAUUUAUAUCUCGGCUCAGACGGGUCUCUCGCCCCGCCCUCGAUGUCUGUUCCUUCCAAUGGACCGGCUGAUCACGAUGAAGGUGGAGUUGGCCCUAAACGACGUGGUCAUGAGCGAACAGGGAGCGGAACGCACCGUGUGAGCCCGUACCAUACCCCGAACUCCGGCCCACGAAACUUGCCCGGCGAAGAUGGUAUCUCCUACGGAGGGAUCACACUUACCAAACCCGUCGAGCGAGUGCAUGUGACCACCCCCGCUACACGAGAGGCUAGCUCCAACCGACGCACGGCCCAGGCCAACUUCAAGUGCCCGGUUCCUGGAUGCGGUAGCACGUUUACGCGCCAUUUCAAUCUUCGAGGUCAUAUUCGAUCCCAUAACGAAGAGAGGCCGUUCAAGUGCAAGUGGCCUGGGUGUGACAAGGGCUUUGCGCGACAGCAUGACUGCAAGCGACAUGAGGCUUUGCACUUGAACAUCAGGCCUUACACGUGCGAGGGAUGUCAAAAGACCUUUGCGCGCAUGGAUGCUCUAAAUAGGCACUUGAGAUCCGAAGGUGGAACCGAGUGUCAGCGCGUUCAGAGCGAGAUUACCGAAGCCCCUACUGAUAAUAUGCCUCCCAACGACUGGCAAAAGAACACUGCCGCGCUGACCGUCGAUCACGCGAGCGAUUGUCUGGCUGAGCUCAUUUACUCGACUCAUUCCCUCGAAUCGGCUCGGGUAGUGUUGAUCGAUCAUGGCGCUCUCACGGCAUCUUGCUGUGGGAGUCAAGAUAGGAUGGAGGCAGGGAACUGUCCCGGUGCGGUUCCAGUUAGACAUGCUCCUUCCUCAAACACGACACCAAAUCAGACCUCACCUACAAGUCCCAAAAUAAACGUCAACACAAGCGCAAAAUCCGAGCCCAAAGCACCUGCAGCAGGCGAGACCGUAGUGCACAUCUCCCAAGCCGAACAACGUCGAGUCGACUGGGAAAUCGUCAAGCGACUGGUCGUGAACGUUUGGCCCAAGGGCGAAUGGACGAUCAAGACUCGCGUUGUAUUGGCUUUGUCGCUGCUGUUGGCUGGAAAGGUUUUAAAUGUCCAAGUUCCGAUCUUCUUUAAAAAGAUCAUUGACGCGUUUAAUAUCGAGAUGACGGCCGACUCGACUGUGUGGGUUAUUGGAGGGUCCGUUAUCGCUGGAUAUGGCUUGGCCCGGAUUUCCGCGACUGUAUUCUCCGAACUUCGCAAUGCGGUGUUUGCAAACGUCGCUCAGCGUGCAAUUCGACGAGUGGCACGCGAGACAUUCGAACAUUUGUUGCAUCUCGACCUCAAGUUUCAUUUGACUAGGCAAACGGGUGGGCUCACGAGGGCGAUUGAUCGAGGAACCAAGGGUGUUACUUUCUUGUUGUCUUCGAUUAUUUUCCACAUCGUCCCGACUGCAUUGGAGAUUAGUAUGGUGUGCGGGAUAUUGACUGGAAAUUCGGUUCGGAUUUUGCCUUGGAGAACUCGGUUCCGCCGCGAAGCGAAUCAGGCUGAUAAUCGCGCGGCCUCGACUGCUGUGGAUUCGUUGAUCAACUAUGAGGCUGUCAAGCUUGCCCAGUAUGACAAGCAUUUGGCGUCCUACGAAAAAUCUUCGCUCAAGAUUGCGACAUCACUUGCGUACCUUAACUCGGGCCAGAAUGUGAUAUUCUCGAGUGCAUUGACUAUGAUGAUGUUUCUCGCUGCUCAAGGCGUAGUCAAAGGAACCAUGACCGUUGGAGACCUUGUCAUGAUUAACCAGCUCGUCUUUCAACUUUCGUUGCCACUAAACUUCCUCGGACAGUCUACCCACAAGCGCGUGACGGAUGUCUCCGGAGCCAAACCUCUUCAGCUCCAAGGUGGCUCUAUCCAGUUCGAAAACGUCAACUUUGGUUAUCACCCUGACCGCCCAAUCUUCCGAGAUCUCUCCUUUACUGUCCCCGCUGGUAAAAAGGUUGCAAUCGUUGGGCCGUCUGGGUGCGGUAAAUCCACCGUUUUUAGGCUCCUUUAUAGGUUCUAUGAUGCCGAUUCGGGUAAAAUCUCCAUCGAUGGGCAAGAUAUUACUCAGAUCCAACUAGCAAGUCUGCGCGCAAAUGUCGGAGUCGUCCCCCAAGAUACGCCGCUAUUCCAUGCCGACAUUCUGCAUAACAUUCGAGAAGUAUGCGACCAAAGUGGGAGAGCGUGGGUUAAUGAUUUCGGAGGAGAGAAACAGAGGUUGGCGGUCGCAAGAGUGAUGUUGAAGGACCCACCGAUUUUGUUCUUUGAUGAAGCGACAUCGGCAUUGGACAGUCAAACCGAGCAUAUUCAUGCUCACAGGUUGCGAACUGUGGUCGAAGCAGACCUGAUCAUCGUACUCAAAGACGGAAAAGUCUACGAGCAAGGUACACACGAAUCACUAAUGCGCCUGAAUGGCUUGUACCACGACAUGUGGAUUGCCCAGGCCCAGGCCCCCACUCUUUCAAAAGAAGAGCAAGAUGCCGCCACGGAGGAAAAUGUAAAUGCUCCCAACCCUGUGGUAAACUAG